CGCCUCAGCGGGCCUCAUCUCAUCCCUCCAUCCUCCCGGCCGGCGGUGCGCCGUGCGUUAUGACGCCAGGCCGUUUGACGAGUGCAUUACGUGGGGCUGGCGGAGCAGCACAGCAGCCUGGAUCCACGUUAUGUAAUGCAUCGGAUACUGCUGUGAGUAGCAGGGGGGGGGGUUGAAAGCUGACGGCUGGCUGAUUUUUUUUUUUUUACCGACGAACAACGGUGUGUUUUCUUGUGCACGAGCAGACGUCUGCUGUCGGCAAGUACAAUGCUAAUUAUGAAUCACUGGAGUGUGGUGUAAUUGAGGCAGUCUGGGCAUCAGUGGCCUAUCCCUGAGGUGCACAGACGUCUGGAGCCUGCGGAAGCUGCACAGCGGGUUUUUUUUUUCUUUUCUUUUAGCCGUCCAGAGGCGCAUCUCUGUUUUAAAUUCGUCUCCUCCAUCAGCGGAAAUAAACCAAUGCGGGUUUGUUUCGGAGAAGAAUCUAGAUCACAUUUUGUUCUCCGUCGCAUUGGUUUAAUCCAACAGCCUGUGAGCUGUAGUAUAAACAAUGGCGGGUCCCGAGCAGUCCCAGCAGCAGCAGCAGGUAGAGGAGAAGGCAGAGCACAUAGAUGAUGCUGAGAUGGCUCUGCAAGGUAUCAACAUGCUGCUCAACAACGGAUUCAAAGAAAGCGACGAGCUUUUCAGGAGAUACAGGACCCAGAGCCCACUGAUGAGCUUCGGGGCCAGUUUCGUCAGUUUCCUGAACGCCAUGAUGACAUUUGAGGAGGAGAAGAUGCAGACUGCCUGUGAUGACCUGAGGACCACUGAGAAACUGUGCGAGAGUGACAGCGCCGGAGUGAUAGAGACAAUCAGAAACAAGAUAAAGAAGAGUAUGGACUCCCAAAGGUCAGGCGUCGUUGUCGUGGACCGCCUUCAGAGACAGAUCAUCGUUGCCGACUGUCAGGUGUACCUCGCCGUGCUCUCCUUUGUCAAACAGGAACUUUCUGCAUAUAUCAAAGGAGGCUGGAUUCUUCGUAAGGCGUGGAAAAUGUACAACAAGUGCCACAGUGAUAUCAGCCAGCUGCAGGAGGCCUGUCAGCGGAGGUCCUCCGUCAACCAGGACUCCCUCUCUGCGGACAACGCCAACCACAAUGCACCAGUGGAGAACGCCGUGACGGCCGAGGCCCUGGACCGGCUCAAGGGCUCCGUCAGCUUUGGCUACGGCCUCUUCCAUCUGUGCAUCUCCAUGGUACCGCCACAUCUGCUCAAGAUUAUCAACCUGCUGGGCUUCCCCGGCGACCGGCUCCAGGGUCUGUCCUCCCUCAUGUACGCGAGCGAGAGCAAGGACAUGAAGGCACCACUCGCUACGUUGGCCCUCUUGUGGUACCACACAGUAGUGCUGCCUUUCUUUGCUCUGGACGGCUCUGAUACACAUGCAGGGCUCCUGGAGGCCAAAGCUAUUCUGCAGAGAAAGUCGGUGGUUUACCCCAACUCCUCGCUCUUCAUGUUCUUUAAAGGACGGGUUCAGAGGCUAGAGUGCCAUAUCAACAGUGCUUUGGCCUGUUUCCAUGAUGCAUUAGAGCUGGCAUCAGACCAAAGAGAGAUCCAGCAUGUGUGUCUCUAUGAGAUUGGUUGGUGCAGCAUGAUAGAGAUGAAUUUUGAAGACGCGUACAGGUCGUUUGAGAGGCUGAAGAAUGAGUCGCGUUGGUCGCAGUGCUACUAUGCCUACUUAACCGGAGUGUGCCAGGGUGCUUCUGGUGACCUGGAUGGAGCAACUGGAGUUUUCAAAGAUGUGCAGAAGCUGUUCAAGAGGAAAAACAACCAGAUAGAGCAGUUUGCUGUCAAAAGGGCUGACAGAUUGAGAAAGAUCUCACCCACCAGAGAGCUAUGCAUCCUCGGUGUAAUUGAAGUGCUGUAUCUGUGGAAAGCACUUCCAAACUGCUCCUCGUCUAAGCUGCAGAUAAUGAAUCAGGUGUUACAGAGCGUAGAUGAGGCUUCAUGCAGAGGCCUGAAACAUCUCCUUCUUGGUGCCAUUCACAAAUGUCAUGGAAAUAUGAGAGAUGCUGUUCAGUCAUUCCAGCUGGCUGCUAGAGAUGACUAUGGACGGCAGAUCAACUCAUACAUUCAACCAUAUGCCGUCUAUGAACUGGGAUGUAUACUCCUUGCACAACCAGAGACAGUGGGGAAGGGAAGGUCAUUGCUACUCCAAGCAAAGGAGGAUUUUACAGGCUACGACUUUGAGAACAGGCUUCAUGUCCGCAUCCAUUCAGCCCUGGCCUCGUUGAAGGAAGUAGUGCCUCAGUGACUCCAGGAAGAAGUUGCAAUGGCUCAAGCUAUGCUCAUGGCUUUUUACCAGAAGUUUUAAGCCUUUCAAACUAACUGUUUGACAUCCUAACGAACACACUCCUGUGUUUUUCAUUCUUAAAGGAUUUGGAGAAAUACGCUUGUUUGUCAUCUUACUCGCGCCCAGGCCUCACCUCUGUGCAUUCACUACAGACAUAACGGGUGUUCAUGCUAGCUUAGCGCAAAGACUGGAAGCAGACGGAACUAGCUAGUGUAGCUGUGGCUAGCAAUUUGAAAACUAUGCUAUAAAUAUUCAUACUAUAACUACGACUUGUCUUGUUGUUGACGAGCAAGCUAGUCACCAGUACAUCCAUUUACAAUGGUUUUGUUACUGUGCAAACCUGGGAACUCUGCCAUUGGGCCAAUAAUAGCUCACUGUUUCCCCUUGCUUCCUGUCUAUAUGCUAAGCUAGGCUAAACACUUUCCUAGCCUAUCUCUGGACUGGAUGCACAAAGAAUUGUUAUCGAAACUUGACUUGGAGCAAGACAACAAAGAAGUAUAUUCCCCUCAAAUCUCUAAUUGUUCCUUUAAAUGUUUUCUGCACCCAAAUGUAUUAGCUAGCUAGUAACAAUUUUCCUCAUUAACUUGUGUAUUUGGAGGAUUUCAGUCAUACCCCCCCCCCCUCCCCGCCCCCUUCAGUGAGCAAUUCAGCACAUAAAAGUAACCUUUCAAUUAAAUCAUACUUCCCUGAAUAGUAACUUUACCAAGCAUAAUGAAAGACACAGAUCCAACGAUUUCCACAAUCUUUUAAAAACAUGCAGAUGACAUUUGAACAUCUUACAGAAAUAAUGAAAUAGAAUUAAUAAUGCCAAUUCUUUGCCACAUCACAUAUCAUGGAAAAAAAAAAGAUAUGGGAAAUAUUACUCAAAUUUAAUAUUUGAUUUUAUAUGUUCUUAUAAAGGACUUCAUGGGUUGUUACAUUUCCAGUGGUUAUUUAAUAAAUAGUGCUUCUCCUAAUAAAAUUUUUAAAAAAUCUGCUUGUCAAAUUGCAAAAGGACUUUGAAGCAUGUCACACGGGGGCCACUUAUAUUCACAACAGACUUUAAAUGACAAACUUGUAAUCUUAAUUAGUUACUGGUCACCUAAAAUCACACACAGCAACUACUACUGGGCUGCUGUGGGUUAGUCACACUUAAGUAGCUGGACAUGUCACAUUUAUAGUAAUUGAGAGAUCACAACACUUCACAAUUCCCUAAUGAUGUUUUGUAUGUGAAAACACCAGGUAUUGAUCCUGUGCACUAUGCAUGGUAUUGCAGGGUAACAGUGACUUUAAGACUGUACUGAAGUCAAACAUACCUGUAUGUCCAUCCGUGCAAAUACGUCAAGGUGUUAUAAUACAGUGCAUUGGGUACUGUAAUGUUACCACUGAACGGUGCUGCUAAAUGUCAGCCUAAUAAUCAUAUAUUAGAAGUGAAUUAUUUUAAUAGUGUUUUAGUGGUACAAGCUUUUGAAUUAGUCCAUAAUAGUGAAAAGUUUAUUUAUUACAUAGCAGAAGUUGUACUUUUACAAGUGUCAUUGACAGUAUGCUAUUUUAGUUUUGAGUCUUUAUCCUGUAACGGCCAGAAAGGUAGACUGCAGUGUUCGUGAUCAAGCCGGUUCAAAAGUGUGAUCUUGAAUUGGACUAGGAAUAAUAUUUCUGUGAUAAGUGAUUUUAACAACUUUUCUCAACACAGUUUUACACUGUACAUAUGAAUUAUUCUGUGCAGGGUAUUGCCUUCCGAGUUAUGGUCAUCUGAGCAAUAUAAGCAACAGGAGAACAUCUUAAUUUACAGAGGUUUUCAACAAUGACUGUGUGUUUUUCAUCCCAUGUUCAGGGAAAGUGGGUGGAUAGAUUUGUUUUGCUCAUGCUAAGCUGGACAGACAAAGCCAGUCAUCCUCCUGUGGCUGUGGUGGAUGUAAAUUGUGGUAAAUGUCGCGGUGACCACGGUGUGAGUGGUCGGCGCAGUGCAAGUGAUGUGGUGAAUGGUGAAAUGUCAGUAAGAUGUCACCUACCUACCUGUACCAAAUACUUAUUGUCACUGAGAGAUUUGUUUUCCUUUUGUCAUGAGAUUUUGUUGAAAUUGAGGUUACAUGUGAGGAUGAUGGUGUUCUAAUGUGUCACUGAACUCUACAAUAAAUAAUGUUC